AUGAAAUAAAAACUCUAACCAAAGAAUGAACUAGAACUUGAACUUGAAUAAAUAAUUAAUAGAGUUAAUGAUUAGUUGAAAGAAGCAAAAAACUUUCUUAAAGCAAAACCAAAUAUCAUUUUAUUGGUUGGUACUACAGGUAGUGGAAAAAGUACUAUAUAUAAUUGGUUGAUUGACGCGAAAUUCAGUUUGGAAAAGGAAAAUUAUUCUAAACUUUUAAGGGCAUCACAUGCUACAAAAGAAAUUUCUAAAAUGAGCGAUAAAACUGUUUCAGAAACUAAGUUUAUAAAAUACGAUUAUGUUGAGGAUCUUAACCAUGUAAUUAUUGAUUUUCCAGGUUUUUAAGAUACAAAUGGAUAAAAAGAUGAUUUGCAAACAGAUUUAGUGUUAUAUUAACUUUCAUAAAAUACACCAAUUUAAAUUAUUUAUGUUCUUGAAUAAUAAGGAAAUUAAAUUUCAAAUAGAGCAAGCGAUUUGUAAAAAUUUGUUUAAUCCGUAAACUUUUCAGAAAACAUUCAAAGUCAAGUAAGCAUUAUUCUCAAUAAAUAUAAUGAAGAUUUAAGUAAUAUAGAACUUAAGAAUUGUUUUAUUGAAUAACUGAAAGCUUGUGAAAUUUUUCAAGAAAAAUAACCAUAAAAUAUUUUUACCAUCAAAAAGAUUAAUUCAGAGGAGAGAUUAAAAAAUGAAUUCUCAGUUCAAAAUAGGGAGGCUUUUAUUGAUUUUGUGAAAUAAACGUAAAAAAUAAAUUUGAAAGAAAAAAUUCUAACGAAUACAGAAAUCAUAAGUUAAUACAUAAAUGGAAAAAAAAAUUUGAUUUAAGUUUCUUUUCAAUAGAUGAGAAAAUAGCUUGUAUAAAUGAUGAAGGAUAACUUUGAUUAAUUUGAAAUUGCAUUUAAUAAUAAUUAAAUAUAGAAAGAAAUCAAUAGCUUAAAAAAUGAUUUUUAUUUUACAUAAGCGACUUUAUUUGAAACAAUCGAUAAAAUUUUGAACAUCUCCAAAGAAAUUUGGAACAAAUUAUAAAAAAACUACCAAAUUUUAUUUGAUUUUGAAGAAUAUUCAAAGUUUAAAAAGGUUUUUGAGUGUUUUUUUCCAUUUUAAAAUUAAAUUUCAAGUUAUGAUGAGUGCAAUAAAAUGAAAAAUAUUUUAUUGUAGGAUUUUAAUGAUAGCAUAGAUUUAAUAAAGGAUUUUAUCAAUUAAGAAAAGAUUAGGAAAAAAGAAGCUGAAGAAAAAAUAAAACAAGAUUAAAUUAGAAAAAAAUAAGAUGAAUAAAGAAGAUAGGAGGAUUUAGAAAGAAAAUAAUAGGAUGAGUAAAGGAAAAAGUAAGAAGAAAGAAGAAAAUAAGAAGAUGAAGAAAGAAUAAAAUAAGAUUAAUAAAGAAAUAUAGAUAAUGAAAAGAGAAAAUAAGAAUAUCAAAAUUUAUAGUAAAAAUUGAAUAUACUUGAAAAAUAAUCUCAAGAUAGAGAAACACAAUUAAUAAUAUCUUUUGAGAACAAAAUUAAAUAAUAAAGUAUAGAAAAUGAAAAAAAAAAUGAAGAAUGGAGAUAAUAAUAAUAAUACAAUUUUAAUAAGGAAUUAAAAAACUCUAAAGAACAAUUUUAAAGGGAAAUGGGAAAUCAACAAUAGCAAAUAUAAAAAUUAAAAGAAAAAGAAAGUUAACAAGAAGAAUAGAAAAGAUAAUAAUUAGAAUUGUAAAAAUAACAAAUGAUAGCUUAAAAAAAUGAAUUAGAGUUGCUUAAAAAAAAUAUGGAGGAAUAGAAAUUACAAGCUCUUGAAGAAAGAAAAGAUUUUGAAACAACAAUGAAAAGAAUGAAAACUUAAAGUUAUUAACAAGAGAAAUCUAGUGAUUAUGUAGGUAAUGGAGCAACAAUAGGAGCAGUGCUUGGCACAGUUGCUGUAUCUGAAGUAAUCGCUGGUUCUGCUGCUUUGUUAGCUGUAACAGGACCAGUAGGUUUGGUUGUAGCUGGACCUGCAUUAUUAGCAGGAGCAACUGUUGUAGGAAUAUCAUCAUUAGCUGGAGCAGCAAUUGGAAGCAUGAUAUCAUGA